AUGACGAAAUCGUCCCGCCGGAGGACGCCUGCGUCAACACCAGCCUCAUCGGGCGCUUCGACCCCAAGUUCUGUCUCCUCGGGGCCUAUCCCACCCUUCACCAAGGCUCCGUCCAUCCUCAAGCCUUUCCUUGACCCGCUCUCCCCGGAGGAGGUAUACCUAGUCCACAUCGACACCUCAGCAACAGAGCUGAAAUGGCAGACCUUCUUUGUCCCAACGGUGGUCAACGUGGUGGUGGCAGCGGUGAUCGCUCUACGCGUAUACUGGGGCUUUAGCACAUACCCAGCGCUAGUAGCUAUUCUACUCGGAAUGGAGAGCUCACUGAGCGUGGACAUCGCCUCGACACCGUGGACGGAGUUGGCACAAAUCACCCUCCGUCGGGUCGGCACCAUCCUGAUCGACUACUACCUCGUGACCUUGUUCCUGUCUUGGCCCAUCAACUUCGUACUUGGACCCGUCCACUGGCGCCGUGCCGUUGGCUUCCGGGACCGCGAGAUCAUCGUCCGCCGCAGCCACCGCAGCUGGAGCAAGAAGCUCGAGCGCAACAAUUGGAUCCGCGAUAACGAUGCGAUGCGUGACAAAAUCGUUGCUGCUGUGACACCCGAGCGUAUUGGGAAGACCGGGUAUCUACUCGUCGACGAGGACUGGAAUCUAGACUAUCGCGCCAUGGUCCGCGCGCACGCGUUGGUCGACCUAACCCGUAAGGGCGAGGGCGUACAGCUGGACGAGUUCCGCACGGCCGUGCUGGUUCACACUGACUCGGAUGGUUGGCUGAUCUGGCGCGUUGCGGACGAAAAUACACCCGGUGGACGCCAAAAGUCUGCUCAGCGAGACCAGAUCCUGGCUUUCAAGGAGAGGUUGACUGCCAUGGGGAAGGAGGAUUUGUUCUUCCGCUGGGUGGAGCUGGUCCAGUGGGAAAGCUCGCAACCUGGUGGAUUCACUCCGGAGAGGCAGCGCAGUGCUAUGGUACAGGCUAAGCAGAUGUUUGACGAGGAGAAUGUGGAUUUCACUCAGUUCUGGGAUGAUGAACUGGUGGGCAUAUCCAGCGCUGAAGAGACGGCGACGUGA